AUGGCCACCCAAAAAGCUGUCGUCAUCACCGAGCCCAAGAAAGCCGACCUCGUCCCCAACCACCCCGUCCCCACCCUCCGCGAUGACUACAUCCUCAUCAAGACCGUCGCCGUGGCCCUGAACCCCACCGACUGGAAGCAUGUCGCGUUCCUGGCUCCCCCCGGCCCCAUCGUCGGCUGCGACUACGCCGGCACCGUCGAAGCCGUCGGCAAGGCCGUCACCAAGGACCUCAAGAAGGGCGACCGCGUGCUCGGCUUCGUCCACGGCUCGAACGCCGUCAACCACGAAGACGGCACCUUCGCCGAAUACAUCACCGCCAAGGGCGACAUCCAGGUCAAGAUCCCCGACAACCUCAGCUUCGAGGAGGCCUCGACUCUGGGCGUCGGCGUCACCACCGUCGGCCAGGGCUUGUACCAGAGCUUGAAGCUCGCCUGGCCCACCCAGCCCACUACGCAGAAGGAACCCGUGCUCAUCUACGGCGGCUCCAGCGCCACGGGAACCCUUGCGAUCCAGUUCGCCAAGCUGUCCGGCUACGAGGUCCUGACGACCUGUUCGCCGCAUAACUUCGACCUGGUGAAGAGUCUCGGCGCCGACGCCGUCUUCGACUAUAAGGACCCCAACGCUGCGGCUGAGAUCCGCAAUUACACGAACAAUGGCCUGAAAUAUGUCUUUGAUACGAUCUCCGUCCAGUCGAGCGCGAAGUUCUGCGACGAGGCGAUCUCCACCGAGGGAGGCGAGUACUCGGCGCUCUUGGUUGUGAAGAUCGAGCGUGAGAAUGUCAACGAUCGCUGGACGCUUGGAUAUACGAGCGUUGGCGAGGCGUUCAUGUUCGGAAACAUUCCGUUCGAGGCGAAGCCCGAGGAUAUGGAGUUUGCGAAGAAGUUCUGGGCUACGGCGCGGGAGCUGCUUGCGCAAGGCAAGGUUAAGCCUCAUCCGAUUAAGGUCGGUGGUGGUGGUUUGAGAGGUGUGCUGGAGGGCAUGAAGGCCAUGCAGGAGGAUAAGGUUAGUGGUGAGAAGCUGGUGUAUCGCAUUGCCGAUACCGCAUAG